AUGGUACCUAAAAGGAGGAAACUUUUGGGACGGCGCACGGCAGCUGCCUCCGCUGCUACAGCAGCGAGGGCGAGUGAAACCCCUGAACAGACUUUUUUGCGUUUUUCACGGAUGGCCUCGAGCUCAGCUGCUCGCUUACCUACGGAAAGCGCUGCUGCGUGGACUGAAAGAUUGUCUUCAGCGGCUUCAACCAUGUCCGCACGCCGCGCCAGGUUUUCAUUUGAAGAACGUUCACUUCAGAAUUCACAGGACGCAGUCCACGUGGCUAGGUUGAGGGCUUCACAGUCCCCAGCACAGAAAACCCUUCGUCGUUUGCGUGAUGCCAUCGUCAAAGCUUGCUCCAGGAGUUUAGAAAGCCCCGAACAAACAACUUCACGCCGCCUCCAGAGCUUAGGAACAACCCAAGGAAACCGCCCAUCGUCGCUAUCCACCGCGUCUGCUAGAGCCCUAGAAAGCCCUGCACAAACCACUGUUCGUCGCGUUAGAAAUGCCCGCUCUACUGCGUCUGCCAGGGCUGCAGAAAAGUCUGAAGUACGCCGUCAACGGCUCGAAAACAUUAGCAACUUCGAGCUUCUUUGA